ACGAAGGAAUUGAAACAGCACAGCACGGGGGCUGCCGGUGCCGGGCUGGUUUAGCGCCGGGUCUGCUCCGCCGCUGAGGGCGCCUAUAAAAUGCCUUCCACGGGGCAGAGAGGCAACACCGGCUCACCGCGGCACUCUUGUUGCCUCGCCGCCACCACUGACCGCCCCGUCCUCCUCACGUCACCAAUGGAGUCCUCCAUCCUCGCCGCCGCCUCGGUCUCCAGGGCCUCUGUCCCGGCCACCGUCUUCUCGCCGCUUUCCUCGUCCUCUCGUCCCGUCGUUCUCCGCACCGAUGUGGCCGGGCCCAGCCCCGCCGCGCGCGCCGUCCGCUGCAACGCCGCCGAGGGCUCGGUCCUGUACAAGCUGGACGCCGACGAGAUGUUCAACUCGUCGGAGGUAAUCCAGUGGGAGAGCGGCAAGUCCAUCAACUCCAUCGCCGCCGCGCAGGGCAUCCGCAUCCGCCGCCGCUGCCGCCCGCGGUACCCCUCCGAGGGCGUCGGCGCCGACCGGGCCGUGCCGCGCAACGUCCUGGAGCAGAUCAUCUGGGACAAGGAGGUCGAGGUGUCCCAGCGGAAAGCCAAGACGCCGCUCCAGAAGGUGAUGGAGUCCGCCGAGCGCGCGCCGCCGCCCAGGGACUUCGUCGGGGCGCUGGACGCCGCGCGCCACCGCAACGGCGUCCCCGCGCUGAUUGCCGAGGUCAAGAAGGCGUCGCCCAUCAAGGGCCUGCUCAGGGAGCACUUCAAUCCGGUCGAGAUCGCGCACGCCUACGAGAAGAACGGCGCCGCCUGCUUGAGCAUCCUGACUGACGAAAAGCACUUUCUGGGGAGCUUCGAGAAUCUGGAGACCGUGCGCAACUCUGGUGUGAAGUGCCCUCUCCUCUGCAAGGACUUUGUCAUCGACGUCUGGCAAAUCUACUACGCCCGUUCCAAGGGUGCCGAUGCGGUCCUCCUGAUCGCCGCCGUGCUACCGGACCUUGACAUCAAGUACAUGCUUCGUGUCUGCCGGAGUCUCGGAAUGACUGCUCUUGUCGAGGUUCAUGAUGAGAGGGAAUUGGAUCGUGUACUGAAGAUAGAUGGCGUUCAACUCAUUGGUAUCAACAACCGCAGUCUAGGGACAUUUGAAGUCGACACUGCAAACACAAACUUGUUGUUAGAGAAACGUGGUGACAUCAUCAGAAAGAAGCAAAUAAUGGUUGUGAGCGAGUCCGGGUUGUUUACGCCUGCUGACGUAGCAUAUGUGCAGAAUGCUGGUGUUUCCGCUGUUUUGGUAGGAGAAUCCCUUGUGACGCAGGAAGAUCCUGGUCGAGCAAUAGUUGGGUUGUUUGGGAAGGAGCUCUUACAUUAAUCCAUUUUCAUUGUGCUUUAGCUAAUUGAUGUAUGUAUAUGUACCAAUCAUGGAAUGAUAAGUGAAGGCAGCAAAGGGUAAAGAUUGAACAAGAUAGUGAUGUAUUUCAAAGUAGUUUUCAAGAUGGAAUCACUAGCAUGGUAAAUAUAAGCCAUGUGAGUCUCAUA